AUGUCUUUCGAAGAUGCUAGAAACGUCCUUUUAAUCGCUUAUGUGGAUGGUUUUCUGGAUGAUGAAGAGUUUAUUGUUCUUUACGAUUAUUACCAACCCGUUAAUCCUUCAUUUCCGUACUGGAAUUUUGAUCCAUUCUGUUUGGAUGUGUUCGACUCUUGCGAGUGCGAAGCUCACUUCAGGGUGGCCAAGGAUGAUAUUCCGAUGUUAUUGAAAGCAUUGCGGAUUCCGACAGUUUCAAGUGCCCACAGGGAACAGUUUGCAGUGGCUUAGAAGGACUUUGUUUACUGCUGAAACGACUAGCAUACCCAUGCCGCUAUUUCGAUUUAAUUUCAACUUUUGGACAUCCGGUGCCAGAGCUGUGCAUGAUCGCUAACACUGUACUUGAUUGGGUUUUUAAUGAACAUGGGUUUCGUUUAACCUCUUGGAAUCAGCCAUUUCUUACCCCUGCUUGCCUUCAAGAAUACGCCUGUGCUAUAGCAAGACAAGGAAGUCCACUUACCAAUUGUUUUGGUUUCAUUGACGGCACGGUUCGCCCCAUAUGUCGCCCUGGAGAAAAACAGCGCGUUGUAUACAACGGGCACAAGCGUGUUCAUGCGCUAAAAUUUCAAUCCGUAGUAGUGCCAAAUGGUUUGAUAGCAAAUCUUUAUGGUCCGGUGGAGGGUGCACGCCACGAUGCAGGGAUGCUUAAAGACUCUGGCCUGCUGCAAACGCUGGAAAGAGAAGCUUACAAUCCAAGGGGGGACGUCCUAUGUCUCUAUGGAGACCCAGCUUACUCUCUUCGUCCUCAUUUAAUGGCCCCUUACCGAACAGGGGAGGUCCCAGUAUUUACAGCCGAUAUGGAAGCAUUUAAUUCAGCAAUGAGUUCUGCUAGAGCAUCGGUGGAAUGGCUAUUUGGCGAUAUCUCCAACUCGUUCAAGUUCUUAGAUUUCAAGAAAAACUUAAAGUUAGGAUUAAGCGCAGUUGGAAAGCAGUAUAUAGUGUCCGCACUGUUUAGAAAUAUUCUCACCUGCCUUUAUGGUAACACAACAUCAACACAUUUUCAACUUGAUCCACCAACUGUUCAAGACUAUUUGGCCUAA